GAUGGCUUGAGAAGACUGUCAGGAAACGAGUAUGUGUUUUCUAAGAAUAUGAACCUGAGCCAUAGUCACCUUUCAGUGCCAAACACCAUCAAUGAUGUUCCGCCCUGUAUUGCACAGCUCCUGGAUAAUGAGGAAAGCUGGGACUUCAAUAUUUUUGAGUUGGAGGCUGUUACAAAUAAAAGGCCAUUAGUGUAUUUGGGCUUAAAAGUUUUUGCCCGGUUUGGGGUCUCUGAGUUUUUAAACUGUUCAGAAGGAACGCUGCGAACAUGGCUGCAGAUGAUUGAAGCCAACUACCACUCCUCCAACUCAUACCACAACUCUACACAUGCAGCAGAUGUCUUGCACGCUACCGCCUUCUUUCUUGGGAAGGAAAGAGUUAAGGGAAGUCUUGACCAUUUAGAUGAAGUGGCUGCAUUAAUAGCUGCCACCAUUCAUGAUGUAGACCAUCCUGGACGGACCAACUCUUUCCUGUGCAAUGCAGGCAGUGAAUUAGCUGUCCUUUACAAUGACACGGCUGUGCUAGAGAGUCAUCACACAGCACUGGCGUUUCAGCUUACAACUAAAGACAGCAAAUGCAACAUUUUCAAGAAUAUUGAUAGAAAUCAUUACCGGACAUUGCGCCAGGCCAUUAUUGAUAUGGUUUUGGCAACAGAGAUGACAAAGCACUUUGAGCACGUGAACAAAUUUGUGAACAGCAUCAACAAGCCAAUGGCAUCUGAGGAGACCAGCCCACAUAGCGAAGGCAGCGACUGCGGAUGUACAGCCAAUAUAAAGAAUUUUCCGGAUAACCAGACACUGAUAAAGCGCAUGAUGAUUAAAUGUGCAGAUGUAGCAAAUCCAUGUCGGCCCCUAGAGCUGUGUAUUGAAUGGGCAGGGAGGAUUUCAGAAGAGUAUUUUGCACAGACUGAUGAAGAAAAGAGACAGGGUCUGCCUGUUGUAAUGCCAGUAUUUGACAGAAACACCUGCAGCAUCCCCAAGUCUCAAAUUUCCUUCAUUGAUUAUUUUAUAACAGAUAUGUUUGAUGCAUGGGAUGCAUUUGCACAUCUGCCUGUUUUGAUGCAACACUUGGCUAAUAACUACAAACACUGGAAAGCACUGGAUGAGUUAAAGUGCAAGAGUCUCAGGCUCCCAUCAGAAAACAAUAACUGA